UGCUCCUGACGUGGGUGAAUUGUCACAGUGUCCGUUGGGCCACGCGAGUUCAGGAUGUUUUUACAGCUGGGAAGUUGCUGGCGCUGGCGCUGAUCGUGGGAGCCGGGGCCGUGCUGAUCGGGAAAGGUGAGAACUUUUGGCUCCGCCCCUCGCAGGCGUUUUCCUGGUGGGCGGAGCCGGGGGCGGGGCCUCUGUUCCUGGCCUGCCUCCAGGGCUCCUUCGCCUACGGGGGCUGGAAUUUCCUCAAUUACGUCACCGAGGAGCUGGUGGAGCCCCAGAGGAAUUUGCCCUUGGCCAUCUCCAUUUCCAUCCCGCUGGUGACGUUUCUGUACGUGGCGGCCAAUGUGGCGUAUCUGGCUGCCAUGAGCCCCAGGGAGAUCCUGCAGAGCGAUGCUGUGGCCGUGACGUUCGGGGAGAAGGUUCUGGGCCCCCUGGCCUGGGUGAUGCCCUUGGCCGUGGCUCUCUCCACCUUCGGCGGCGUCAACGGCUCCCUCUUCACCUGCUCCAGUGUGACCCCGCCCCCCAUGACGUCAUUCCCAGUUGUGACCACGCCCAUCAUGACAUCAUUCCCAGUUGUGACCCCGCCCCCCAUGACGUCAUUCCCAGUUGUGACCACGCCCAUCAUGACAUUAUUUCUGUUAUGACCACGCCCACCAUGACGUCACCAAUCCACUCAUUUCCUCCAUGGCAUCUCCUUCCCUAGACCACGCCCACCAUGACAUCACCCCCGUUGUGACCACGCCCACCAUGACAUCACCUCUAUUGGACCACGCCCACAAUGACGUCACCGAUCUUGUUAUUUCCUUGUGACCACGCCCACCAUAACCCCACCCCUGUUAUGACCACGCCCACCAUGACGUCACCCAUCUGUUCCUUUCCCAUUACAUCACCUCUCCGUGACCACGCCCACCGUGGCAUCACCUCCAUUUGACCACGCCCACCAUGACGUCAUCAAUCCACUCAUUUCCUCCAUGGCAUCUCCUCCCUGUGGCCCCGCCCACCAUGACAUCACCCCUGUUGUGACCACGCCCACCAUGACAUCAUUGUCAUUGUGACCACGCCCACCAUGACGUCACCGAUCUUGUCAUUUCCCUUGUGACCACGCCCACCAUAACCCCACCCCUGUUAUGACCACGCCCACCAUGACGUCACCCAUCUGUUCAUUUCCCAUUACAUCACCUCUCCGUGACCACGCCCACCAAUGCAUCGCCUCCAUUUGACCACGCCCACCAUGGCAUCACCUCUCCGUGACCACGCCCACCAUGACGUCACCGCCGCCGUGACCACGCCCACCAUGGCUUCACCUCCAUGUGA